GAGAGUAAGGGAAACAUGCACCACAGCCUCUUGUGCCCAGAUACAUCCUGAGCCAAAAGACCCCAGCGCAGUUAGUGAGGUAAGCAGAGUGUGUGUGAGAGAGAAAGUGUGAUGUGUUGCUACCAAUCAGAGUUGAAGCGUGUGGUUAUUGGUGAGUAUGUGUGCUAGGAGAUAUUGCUCUCAGCUUGAUGGGGGGUGGAGCUUGCUUUGUAGUUCCUAUGGGGACCAGACUGUAAAAGCGAAGGACCUGGACAAGAAGUAUCCCACUCAACAAACCCACACACACUCAGACGUUUACACUCGUCGGGUCACACACAAUACUUACAAACACAUCCCUUCAAAAAAGUCGGACGAUUAUCUGGUACUACAUCUGUUUUAUCUCUGCAGAUCCGAUUGGUUCUUCGCUCUACAACAGGUCGCGCCUGUGCGCACAGAUUGCGCCUGCGGUGGAGAUUCUGUCGGGAGCCACCGCUUUGCAGGAUGGAAAAGUAUGAGAAGAUUGGAAAGAUUGGAGAGGGCUCAUAUGGAGUCGUAUUCAAAUGCAGAAACAAAGACACGGGCCAGAUUGUGGCCAUCAAGAAGUUUGUGGAAUCUGAGGAUGACCCUAUCAUUAAGAAAAUCGCUCUUCGGGAAAUCCGUAUGCUUAAGCAACUAAAGCACAGUAACCUGGUUAACCUAAUCGAGGUGUUUCGCCGCAAGCGUAAGCUACACCUGGUGUUUGAGUACUGUGACCACACUGUCCUCAAUGAGCUGGACCGCUACCCACAUGGAGUUCCUGAGCACCUGGUGAAAAGCAUCACCUGGCAAACACUCCAGGCUGUCAACUUCUGCCAUAAACAAAAUUGUAUCCACAGAGAUGUAAAGCCAGAGAACAUCCUCAUCACCAAACAGCAGGUCAUUAAGCUAUGUGACUUCGGCUUCGCCCGUAUCCUCACGGGGCCCUGUGACUACUACACAGACUACGUGGCGACCCGGUGGUACCGGGCCCCGGAGCUGCUGGUGGGGGACACGCAGUACGGCCCCCCAGUGGACGUGUGGGCGGUGGGCUGCGUCUUCGCUGAGCUGCUCUCCGGCUCCCCCCUCUGGCCGGGCAAAUCUGACGUGGACCAGCUCUACCUCAUCAGAAAAACACUGGGAGAUCUGAUCCCAAGGCACCAGCAGGUCUUCAGCAACAACCAGUUCUUCAGUGGGGUAUCUGUCCCUGAACCACUAGAGAUGGAGACUCUGGAGCAGAAAUACCCUAACCUCUCUUACCAAGCACUCAGUCUUAUGAGGGGCUGCCUGCGGAUGGAUCCAUCCGAGCGUCUGACGUGCGAGCAGCUGCUUGAGCACCCCUACUUCGACAGCCUGCGAGAGGAGAGUGAGAGCGUGGCUCGGGAGCUCAACCGGGCCACCAAGAGACGCUCGCGGCAACCCCGCGCCAAACACCUGCCUCCUGGGUAUUUGCCUCAGCUAACCAGCAGUAGCAUCUUCCCUGUUCUGGACAACAGGAACAACAAAUACUACAACUUGCGCAAAUUCAACUACCACUUCCCCAACAUCUAACACACACAUGCAUACCUUCUCCCACACAAACGCAGACACACCAGCAGUUUCCUUGGAUAACUCAGGGACUAGCCAAUGCUUUGAAAACCCCUCACUCUCACAACCUGCAGAAGAUGGUCCAAUCAGUAUGUCGGGCAGCAGAGGGGAGGAAAGUGACCGGUGUAGGAGUAUCCCUUCCUGUGAGGGUUACUUUAGUGUGAAAAAUGAAACACGGUCUGAGGAGAAACUAAGCAACCAAAAACCUAUUUUCAGUCUCACUAAUACUCUUGCAAGCCAGAUUGCUAGGUUUUUAUAUCUCCUUUAUUUUGACCUAUUGCCUAGUUCAGGAACAGCAGUUGCAAACCUGUGCUGGACAAAAUACCUUUGAGAAUGUUGAAAGGACACUCUCCAGUAGCCAUUUUAAGCAGAAGCAAGUUGGUACCCAUUAGCUGAUCAGUACCAAGUUUUGGGUUCCUCUCUGGAGUGGUGACAUAGGCUCUAACUAAUAAGUGCAAGAGCAGGUAAUUUCAGACCCAGUGUGGCUGGGUCCAAAAAGCAUAAUCUAGGUCUAGGAAGAGACCUGCACAACAUUUCUCAUUUCCUCAAGUGCAGUUUGAAUCUAAAGCCAUGUUUGAAAAGCUAGUGUUUCUCAAUAUUCCAACCAUUUAUUGCAUUAUGUUCCUUUUUUAUUUUUUAUUCCUUUUUCUAUCUUUGAGAAAUGGAAAUAAGACGGGAAAAUGCAUGAUAUGCAUGCAACACACACUAAGAUUUUUAGUUGCUCUGAUUCUAAAGAAGAAAACCAACAUGCUACACAUUUUUACACAUUUAAUAUCCUGAGAGUCUUCAAAUGGCUGAUUAAAUAAAAUAUGAGGUGUUUCUGUUUUGAUGGUUAGAAUUCCUGCAGUCAUAAAGGUGCAUAAGACUUCUCACUCCUGACUCCCCCCUACUUGGUCUUAACAGGUCUGAUACGGAACCAGUGAUGUAGUCCAGUUUCAAACCCUCACUAGGCAUUUUGCUGUUAUCUAUAGCAUUGAUUCUCAAAGUGGGGUCCGCAGCACAUUGUUAGGGGGUCCCUGACAAAGUUUGCUACAAAAUAUGAAAUUGUCUUAUAUGGCGAAAAAUGCUACAGUAUCAGCAUUUGCCCAAUUGAUCUGCUGAUACGUUACAUCAAUACGUCAAAACACUUUACUAUUAAUUAUGUUGUAUGUAAGUUAUGUGAAGCAAACACUAUAUGUUCAACACAACAGGCCUACAUUUGACAAAGAAGCAACAAUCCUUUAAAAAAAAUCCUACAUACUGUCAAAGUUUGCUAACAUGACUAUUGUGGUAUUAGCACUCUAUGUUUUUAAAAUACAUAUAACAUAAGCAUCUAACAGAAAAAAAGGCUAUACAGCUUCAUGAUUAACUUAAGUUUUAUGUGUUGCAAUUAUGAGGGGUCCUUGGAGAAUUUUCCACUUCAUGAGGGGUCCCUGGCCCACAAAAGUUUGAGAAUCCCUGAUCUAUAGGGUCUGAUGCAUUACACCACAUUAUCUACAAAGAGCCUUUUUUCUAGCUACUGGGUAAUCUUCAGGUUUUAUUUGUUAGGUGUUGGAUGUAUUUGUGAAUGUUGACAAUGAGCAGUCUAGUGCUCUGCUAACGGUACUUAGACAACAAAGGGACUCUACUGCCUCUCCCUGUUUGCCAAAUAUAAUUGUUUAUUUUGUAUAUUUUGUUUAUUUCUUUUUUAGAAAAUGUAUAUGAGUGAAUCAAUGACAGGAUUUUCUAGUGAAUAACAUGUUCCAGGGCUGUUUUUCAGUUCUAUGGACCCUUUCAAGA